ACUCUCAAUCUUUACUAUCCAAGAUAUUCAUUAAAACAAUCUCGCGCUGAAGAGUAGCAAAAUGGAGUAUAAUAUUUACGAUUCGAAAACGGAAGAUUCCACCAGAAGUACCAUUGCUAUGUCACGCAGCACUAACAGUAAAGCUCUUUUAUCACAGAACUCACAUGGACAAACUAGGACGAAGAAGAUUCGUUAUUUCUUCUGGCCAUUUGUAUUUGGUGUUAACCUGUAUGAUUUUCUUGGCCUGUGUAACCUAGUUCCCACACACAGUCUUCACUUGUCUCGACCGUUUCUGAUGAACACCUCAAAGUUUCAGGUGUUCCACAAAUCGCAAUCACAGGCGCACGACUUACCUACGAUCUCCAACUAAUAAACAACAUCAUAAUUAUGUUAAUGCUCUUCUUAGUCUUCGAGUGUCAAAUUUUCAUUUGAAUUAGAAUUCGCUUAAAACAAAUCAAAAGUUUUUAAAACAAACAAGGGUGCUUAAACAAUUUACGGGCCAAUGUUACAGCUUUUAAAGUGCCUGUUUUAUUGGAAUUUACAAUAUUUUUUGUUGAUUGCGAUAGUUCUGAAACCAUGAGAUAAAAUUAGUCGGUGCAUUAUCAAACCUGCUUAAGUUCACCAUAAGACAAUUUUGGAUAUUCCGUUAGACAUAUGCAGUAUCAGAGCGUUAUACAAUUUGCUGGAGUCGACUUAAGUAAUUUUAAGGUAAG